UGACCUCCACCCAACAUUGGCCGCAAGAACUCAUCGACCAAAUCAUCGACGAGAUACACUAUGCCACCGCCACUGAAACCUGGGAGGAUAUCCGCAAGAUGCUCGCUAACUGCGCUCUUGCUUCGCCCAUCUUCCGUCAACGCUGCCAGCAGUUUCUCUUCGCGACGAUCGACAUGUCCACCCUUUGGUUGAGAACAGAACAUUGGAAGGGGUUGAACGACAUUAUUAAGUGCAAUCCUACUAUUGCGACUUAUAUCCUCAGCCUUUCGCUGCGACUGGGGAGCCGGAAUCCUUCAUGGAUGACGGACGACUCAGGCCGCGUACUCCUACAGUUCCUACAAGCCAUUAAGACGGCAGGAAAGCUGAACAAAAUAUCCCUGUGGACUUCACGGUGGUGUCAUGGAGAGCGUGUCCAGAUUGAUGAGCGCUUUGUAGAUCUUUUUUGGGAUCCAUUCAUCGCGCCACUGGUCCUUCGAGUCAGGAUGAACGAGAUGACAAUACCCCUUCGAAUGCUGCUCAGAUGCAACAGACUCCGUCAUGUUGAACUGACUGGUGUCAAAACUUCCAAUGCAGGCCAUCUUGCGACCCAGAUGUUGCGGUUUUCCUCUCUACGUUAUCUCUGGACCGAUAUUUUGGACGCAAAUGAUGUCGCUGUCGUACAUUCGCUCAUCAAGGUCGCAGCAAGUUCUCUCGAAGAAGUUCAUCUGAAGACCUACGCGUUAGACGGUUACGAGUACUCCAUGGGCACGAUAGAUUUAAGCCCGAUGAUUCAGUUACGAGUUCUAGACGUCGAAGUCGUGAUCGAUAAACCAACGGCCAGAAAUUUGAAGGGAAGCACAGAAGAACUCAGCGACGACCAAUUGCCUUUUAAUCGCUUUUCAAGCAUGUUGCAGUCUCUCUCUCCCGAAAAUAAUCAACUACGUGAACUACACCUCAUGCUCCACGUGGCCUACCGAGACUGGGAUGACCCCCGCAGCAUUUACAAUGUCCCCAGUUGGGAUCCGGUCGAUUGUGCUCUAGACAGGCUUCUCUCGCAUUCCACUCACCACAUCGAUUUCUUCCUCUCUGCCCGGCUGUCCUGGAACUCAGAGGCCGAUCGAUUUGGAGGGUGCAACGAGUCUGAUGACGAUGACUCAUCUGGACCGCAUGGCUCAGAUUCGGACGAAGAAUACUGGAAGUCUGGGAGUGUCGACUAUGGAGAGGGAUGUGAAAGGAUGCUGAACAUUGCUCUGCGCCGGGUUGUUCGGGACAAAUUACCCAAGACUCGAAGUCAUAAUCGGGUUAUCUUUCAUCACCACCACGAAUUGGACGAGUACUAGC